AUGAGAUUCAUCCAGUUCGUUAUCGCUGCGCUUUCCGGUGCUAGUGCUGCCAUCGCAAGACCCGCUUGCAACGCUGACAACUGUGCACGCGCUGUCACCGGCACUGCAGCCCAGCCAGCCCUCAGCGUACGCCAGAGCGGUUGCUCCAGCUACCAAACUGCCACGACCUACCCUGCCGCUGAGACUGUUACCUACUACAACUACUACUUCGGAGACUCGACUGUCUUCCCCGCUGGCCCGACCGAAACUCUUGUCCAACAAACCAUGGUCCCAGCUUAUGCAUCCAAACCAUGCGGAUCUGCUGCAUCUCGUUAUGCAUCCGCUUGUUCCUGUGCCGGCAUCACCGCGACCACCGUUACCGCUGCUGUCGAGACCGUCAAGGUCUACACCUCCGCCCCAGACCCAUCCUCCGAAUGUCACAGCGGCGAUCGCCAGGGAUGUGCUGGCGAGGCUUGCGUCUAUGCUGGUGCCUUCUGCACGAUGAACCAGUGUGUGCAGAAGCAGUAG